GAAGGAGGGGUAUUUCUCGUCGGACUACCGUAGGUGUGAUUGAGUUUUCUAAAUGUAAGUGCGUACGUUUGUCCGUCAGUUAUCUCCAGUUGCGUCUCGAGCGUUUUUCCGUCGGUUGUUCAUCGGUCGCGAGCGCAGAGCGGUUAAUAAGCUGGCUGAACUUGGUGCCGCGUUUUAGGGUUAAAGCAGCCAGCUAGCCACGCUAACGUUAGCUACUACCAGCGCUGCUGCUGCUGCUGCUGCUGCUGUGUGUGAGCCAACGUCUGGAAGGGCGUACGAGUUUGACGUUUUCUCCCCCAAGUCUCCUCACAUUUCUUUGAGUUUUAGUUACUACAACGCGGUCCUGUCGCCUCCAAGCUAAACCCACCCAGUCAACAUGGAGGGGACACACUUUGCAAGAGCAUGAGCACGACGGCAAACGGCGACUAAAGAGGAUUAAAAGCAACUCGGUCUUGACGGGGGAAAAGUUGAGCUGAGGAUUAACAACUUGGGAUAAACUGAAGAAAGGUUUCAAGUCUUACCUAUUGUACAAGGGCAUGCUAAUACCUCAGCGAUGGAGUCCACAGUUGUGAGUACAUCCACUCUGGCCCCUGAUGAGUUCGAUAGGAACGUGCCGCGGAUCUGCGGUGUGUGUGGUGACAAAGCCACCGGCUUCCACUUCAACGCCAUGACCUGUGAGGGCUGCAAGGGGUUUUUCAGGCGCAGUAUGAAGCGCAAGGCCGCCUUCACGUGUCCCUUUAACGGCAGUUGCACCAUCACCAAGGACAACAGGCGCCACUGCCAGGCAUGCAGGCUCAAACGCUGUGUGGACAUUGGCAUGAUGAAAGAGUUCAUUCUGACAGACGAGGAAGUGCAGAGGAAGAAGGACCUGAUUCAACGAAGGAAGGAUGAGGAAGCGCAGCGUGAAGCGGAGAAGGAGGCGCGGCGGCCUCGGCUUAGUGAGGAGCAGAGUCAGGUCAUUGCCACGCUGGUGGAGGCGCACCACAAAACAUAUGACGACUCCUACUCUGACUUCUGCCGCUUCAGGCCUCCUGUGCGUGAGGGCCCAGUAACGCGUAGCGCCAGUAGAGCUGCCUCUCUCCACUCUCUGUCUGAUGCCUCCUCUGACUCCUUCAGUCACUCUCCAGAGUCAGUAGACACCAAAAUGAACUUCAACAACCUACUGAUGAUGUACCACGAGCAAGGCAGCAGCCCUGACUCCAGUGAGGAGGAGGGCUCCAGCUUCUCCAUGCUGCCCCACCUGGCUGACCUGGUCUCCUAUAGCAUCCAGAAGGUCAGGUUUGCCAAGAUGAUCCCUGGGUUCAGGGAGCUGACUGCAGAGGACCAGAUUGCUCUGCUCAAGUCCAGCGCCAUUGAGGUGAUCAUGCUGCGCUCAAAUCAGAGCUUCAACCUAGAAGACAUGUCCUGGAGCUGUGGCGGGCCUGACUUUAAAUACCAGAUCAGCGAUGUCACCAAAGCGGGCCACACUCUGGAGCUGCUGGAGCCACUGGUGAAGUUCCAGGUGGGCUUGAAGAAGCUCAACCUGCGGGAGGAGGAACACGUGCUGCUGAUGGCCAUCUGCCUGCUUUCUCCAGACCGCCCAGGUGUGCAGGAUCAUGCACGGAUCGAAGCCCUCCAGGACCGCCUGUCAGAGACCCUGCAGGCCUACAUCCAGCUCCACCACCCAGGAGGUCGGCUGCUCUACGCCAAGAUGAUCCAGAAGCUGGCUGACCUGCGCAGCCUCAACGAGGAACACUCCAAACAGUACCGCUCGCUGUCCUUCCAGCCGGAGCACAGCAUGCAGCUCACCCCGCUGGUGUUGGAGGUGUUUGGCAGCGAAGUCUCCUAGAACCCAGAUGGGCAGAGAGGAAGCAGGAGACAAGAACCCUGCGAGGGUAAAAAGUGGAGGGAGGGAGCUGAGGAUGCGCUGGAUAAACUAAAUGGAGGUGUGGAAUAGGAAGCAAG